AGUGACUGGAAAAUAUCACAGUGGUCACCAAUACCAACUAACAUUCAUUAGCAUACGAUUAUCGCCAUUAUCGUCUUCGUUCUUGUAGAGACAUAAGGCAGACAUUUUUUAGUCACACUGAGCAGUCUCCUUAAAAUAACCAGAGAGAGUGUCUCCUUCCUGAACGUGCGCCAUUCAGUAGUUAGUGAUAUUCUGGCGGAACACUCGUUUUCGUGAACCACAUCUUCGCCUAUUCCCGUUUCCAUUCGGACGUCAUGUGCCACAUUGAGUGCGACUCGACUCGAUUAUCAAUAUCGUUCUAUCAAUUUAGAAUAGACGGUCCAUGGAAUGCAUCACAAGGUGGAUCUGAAUGAUAAAUCACAUGGGAACGUUUGAAGACGUUGAGCUUGAUAAUCCCAAAGGAUUUGGAGAGGGAUUCCUUAUCUACUGAGAAUUGGAAUCAGCCUACGAGUGUGAUCGCAAAAUGCCAUCCAGCUCAAGCCUCAAAGACGUUUUAGACUAAAUACUUCAAACUUGUCCUUGGAAACAUCUGACGCUUAAGUGCAAGAUCUCCAGAAUCGGCAGAGGCUCCCAUUUUCAGAUUCAAGGGUACCUAGAAAUCAAACUAUUCAAUUUAUCUUGGUUCAAACUCGAUGAAGUCCUGACUGAACUGGGUAUUUAUUGGCGGCAAUUCUGAUCUUCAAAUCCUGGCCAAUCCUCCUUGAACAAAGCCUUUGUUUGGGAUGUUCCGGAUCAAAGGUGCCAUGCGCUACUACCGCCUUUGGAUCUACACCUGUAAUGCAGUGCUUUUCGUGAGUGUGAUGGUGUUUUUGGGAACCUCCUUGUACGUGAUCACAGACAAUCGACGACAACUCAUCUCAUCAGUUCGAUUGUAUCAACCCUCGUUCCUCUAUGCCUAUCUGGCAUUGUUCAUGCAAUCUGGUGUUGUACAGGCAAUUGGUUGCAUUGGUGCUUUGAAAUUGGACGAGCGACUCCUGAAGGCCUAUUGGCUCCUUUUGCUUGGUCUCCUCGUUGGUGAUGUGGUAGUCGGUGGAUAUUGGAUGAUCCGCUAUGAUCGGCUUUCCACCACGUUGGGAGUGGAUUUGCUUACCAAGUUCAAUACCGAAUAUGUCGACCCUAACUCCGAAUUUAGAGGCCACUUUGACGAACUUCAGCGAGAUAGCCAAUGCUGUGGCGUUUUGGGACCACAAGAUUAUAACGCCACGUGGUGGCAAAGCCGAAUUUAUGCCACCCUGGACAAAACUGACGCAGAAGAAGCUGAAUUCCGUAAAUAUGAAGAUAUUCUCUUACCUUGGGCCUGUUGCAUACCAAAUCACGACGGGCUCAAAAUGCAACCGGCCUUGGCCAAUACAAUCCGAGGACGACUUUUGGCCAAAAGUCAGGAUGAAGAGGACGAGGAGGCCAUGUUGGGCUUGGUCCCGAGUACAGCGUCGACUCCCGUGACCACUGUUCCGCCUCGCCUGCACCCCUAUUCUCCAGAAAUAAUGAUUGCCGAAGGGCCCAUUUUGGAACCAUUUGUUUGGUGUCGAUAUUCGAGCAGCUUUCGGGCUCAAUGGCAUCACCAUAGAGGCUGCCAUGAGCCGUUCAAGUACUGGCUGGACAAUAGUGCUGAUGCCUUGUUUGUCAUCGGGUUUUGCGUGAUCGGCUUUCUCAAAUUCACUUUCUUGGGUCUGCUCCGCUUUGAGAUUAAGGAGAUGAUUCAAAAGAUCAAGAUCAUACACAAUGAGAACCAGCAAAUGAACGGAGACCUAGGGAUAAUUGACUUGAAUGACAUUCCCUCGUCUUUGGAACCUACGGCACUCAUGGACGAGCCCUGUCAAGGGAGCCUGGCCUCGGGCUCACGCAAGCCAAGUCUAGAUCACGGCCAGUCCCCUAUGGGGUUGAACAUUUGUUUUCCUAAUGAAACACCCGGCCAACAACUUCUCAAUCAUUUGGGAGGCAAGGACCUCGAUUCCUCCAGUUGCAGCGCCCUCCUUGCCUCCCAGCAGUCCACUCCGCUCCAUAUUCCGGUCAACAACCACGUUGGCUUCAUUCCAGCCAAGGUGAUUGUGGCCACACCAAUCCCGAGCCUCUUGAAAGGUUCCUCCACCACGUCUUCCACGGUGAUCAGCAAUCCCAUCCAAACCUUGGAGGAGUACCACGAGCUCAGUGACGUCUGUCAGCCCACGCCAUCGCCCAAUUUCAUAACCGUGCCCAUUCCCGGACGAGGCUCCGCCGUCCAGACAGCCAUUUGACAAAGAGAACACUUUGAGGAGCCCACAGUAGUCAUUCUUCCCUCGACGGAGGUUCUUCAGAUGAGGCGGCAAUCUGAGAUGAUGGAGCUUCGCAAACGACGUAGGCUUUGGGAGCGGGCCACUACCAUCGAUGUGGGUGAGAACAUUAUCCCGGAGGAGUACGACGCCAUCAUGUCCACUUCCACUGCCGAGAGUUCCCAAUUGGAACCUCCUAAGCUGAGGCGAGGCUACUCCGUCACGUAUACCAGAUCCAAGCUGAGCCGCCAAAAGAGCAAGGAUAAGUCGAGGUCAGAAAGUCUCUCUGACGACUUAUGGCGCAGCCUCAUUCGCCCGCAACCCUUUUGGUUUCAGAAGUAAAGUGAUCGUCAAGUGAACCGAUUGAGGAGGGGGCCGGCCAGAAAGACAACCAGCCAGACAGACAGACAGAUAGACAGACCAGGUGAAAUCGCAAAGGCUGAUUAUUUUGCUGUUCCUUUGAUCUCAACUUUUGAGAGCAGACGAUGGAUGAUGGAGAUCAGGAUAACGAUAUGUUGCCUUCGAUGACGAUGCCAAGCCAGAUGGAGAAGGCAAAACAAGAUGCUUCUUCUUGUCUUCUCGGGUUCCUCAAAGAAAAUAUCCUUGUCAGAGAUCGCUCGCGUCCGCCACCGUCAGUUUGUUUAAAUGAGGCAGACCGAGAUUCGGAAGGUGGAUGUUGUUGAUCUGAUUCGUUUUCUUGUUGAACUGUCCAGUAUUCCAAAGCUGCUUUAGUAUGACUCUACGCAAAUAAAUAUAUCUAGUCUUUUCUAACA